AUGGACGGUGACACCGGCGGAGAAUCAAAAACCGGCGAGGCUGUGACGACGACGCCGCCGCCGCCGCGGAAUCCUCACCCAGCGACGUUGCUUAGCGGGAACGCUUUACCGCCUCCUUUCCUCAGCAAGACGUAUGACAUGGUGGAAGAUCCGGCGACGGACGCGAUCGUCUCCUGGGGUCCGGCGAACAAUAGCUUCGUCGUCUGGGAUCCGCCAGAGUUUUCCCGUUCCCUUCUUCCCAAAUACUUCAAACACAACAAUUUCUCCAGCUUCGUUCGUCAGUUGAAUACCUAUGGAUUCAGGAAAGUGGAUCCAGAUCGUUGGGAAUUCGCAAACGAAGGUUUCUUAAGAGGCCAAAAACAUCUCUUGAAGACUAUAAGCCGGAGAAAAUCUGCACAGGGACAUGGAAGUAGUAGUAGCAGUAAUCCACAAUCCCAACCCCAUCAGUUAUCUCAAAGUCAAGGCUCAAUGUUAUCUUCAUGUGUGGAGGUUGGGAAAUUCGGGCUCGAGGAAGAGGUCGAGCAGCUUAAAAGAGACAAAAACGUGCUGAUGCAAGAGCUCGUCAAGCUACGCCAGCAGCAGCAAUCAACAGACGGCAAGCUUCAGGGUAUGGUGAAAAGUCUUCAGGUCAUGGAGCAGAGGCAGCAACAGAUCAUGUCUUUCCUCGCUAAAGCUGUGCAGAAUCCAACUUUCCUCUCUCAGUUUAUACAGAAGCAGACCGAUGGUAAUAUGCAUGUAACUGAGGCUAACAAGAAGCGGAGGCUCAGAGAGGACGCUGAUGCUGCUACUACCUCUGCUGCUGAUGAGAAUGGACAGAUUGUUAAGUAUCAGCCACUUAGAAACGACUGGAACAUGAUGAAAACAGAUGAUAACUUUCCGUUUCUUGAUGGGUUCUCAUCGCCAAACCGUGUAUCAGGAGUCACUCUGCAAGAGGUAGCAUUGGAACAGCCUCUCUUGCCUGAUACGGUAAUGCCACAGUUGACACAAGAGAGCAAUAUCAAUGACUUCCCUAGAGAGAACUACAUGGAAACAGAGAAGGAUGAUGUUUCAGAGGCAUUCAUCUCUCCGAGCCCGUUUCUUGACGGUGGUUCAGUUCCGGUUGAGCUCGAGGGAAUACCUCAAGAUCCGGACAUUGAUGAGCUGAUGAGUAACUGUGAUUUGUUUGAAGAGUAUCUGGCACAAAGUCCGGUUCUUGGAGAUGAAACAACACUAGAGAGCAGCGACACUAAUGGUGGUCGUAUGGAUAAGCUUAUAGAGGAGUUGGGUCUUCUUACAUCAGAGACAGAGCAAUUGUAA